AUGUCAGAGGUGAAAGAAGAGCUCGAGGCUCCAGAAGGUACCCCGGCUGCCCUUGCGGGGCCGGAAGAGGAGGAUGUAGCGGGUGAUGAAGGAUUGUUGCUGGACCUUAAGCUAGGGCAGCGGAGAGCCGGCGCUUCGGAGGAUGAAGACGAUCUCUCAGAUCAUGAGGGCAGCCAGCAGCAGGACGACGGAGACAGGAAGGACGACGAGGAGGAGGGUGAAGUAAUCGAGGCUGCAGCCUUGCAUGCAGGGCCGCCUGCCGAGUGGGCCGCAGAGACGCCCGAAAGCGGCGGCGCGUCUGAAGCUGGCAGCGACCAGUUCGAGCAGGGCGCCGACGGUGCGGACGAGCCGGAGCCUGAGCCGCGCCCAGCAGAGCCGCGGCGGCCACUGCAACCAUUUGAGGUGCCGGCUGGCGGCCGCUUCUGGCUGCACGACGACCGGAACGAGCAGCCUGCGAAGGAGCGCGGCCCCAGCGCUGCGCCGGCCGCGCCCGUGACCAAGUGGAAGCAUGAUCUAUACGACGAGAUCAUCAGGCGCGAAGAGCUGGGGAUUCGCGAGCGUGCGCCGCAGCAGCACCAUCAGCAGUGGGAGCAGCUGGCGCAGCAGCAGCGGCAGGAACAGCAGCAGCAGCCGGGGCAGCAGCAUCAGGGGCCGCAGCAGCGGCAGCAGCAGCAGCAGCAGCCGCCGUGGCAGCAGCGCACCUCAAACGAGCCACCAGCCCCGCAGUAUCACCAUCAGCAGCAGCGCCAGCAGCAGCAACAGCAGCAGCAGCAGCCUUACCCGCCACAGGACUGGCCGCCCCAUAAUGCGAAUGAGGAGUGGUCCGAGCCCCAGCGGUGGCCUCCACAACAAGAGUGGGAGCAGCCCGCUGCUGCAGCUGUUGAGUAUGACCCCAACACUUACAACCACUAUCACCACCAGCAGCAGCACCAGCACCAGCCGCCGCCGCCGUGGCAGCAGCACCAGCAGUACGCCCCGCAGCCGCCACCUCAGCAGCAGUACAACGAGCACGACUGGCAGCAGGGCGCGCCGGCGCACCCGGGCAGCAGCAGGCCGCCUUGGCAACAGCCGUACCCGCCGCCCGCACCGCAGCAGCAAUGGGAGCAGCAGGCGCCGCCCCCGCGGCAGCGGCAGUGGCUGCCCCCGCAGCAGCAGCCGCCGCAGCAGCCGCCCUACCAGCAGGCGUGGCAGCGGCCGCAGCAGCAGCCUGGCACGCCGUCCGCUCUCAAGGCGGACGCCCCCGCUUUCACGCCCAGCCGCGGCGCAGCGGACGCCCCGCCGCACGCAUACGCCGAGGUGCGGGCGGAGCACCCGCAGCAGCAGCCUGGGCCGCCCCAGCGUGCGGCCCCGCCGGCGCCGGCAGACCGGCCGCCCUACGCACCGCCGCGCCCCUCGCAGCCGCCUCCCCCCGCCAACGCGCAUUACGGGUCGGAGCACGCGGCGCCCUCUGGCGGCCCGCCCGCACCCAACGGCGCCGGGCCAGAGCCGGGAGCGCCUGCGCCAGCGCCAGCGCCAGCGGGGCGCCGCUACUCGGCAGUGGCGCAGCGGAUGCGGUGA